AUGCGUUUUUCAGAGGAUCGUUUGGCUGCAUUUCAAAACGGCACUUCAACAGCAAACGCAGCGACGCGUACAGGUCGUCGAUCGCUACAAGUUCUCUUCCGACCGCCCGUCGAACUAAUCUUUCGUGGCGACUGGGAAUUGGUUCGUUAA